ACUGGGAUAGUGGUGUGUGCAUGCAGGUAGUGAGUAGACGGAGAAGUGUGUGAUAAGACAGAAUCAGAUACGGAGUCAGACAAGGAGUGUGCACUUACAGACACUGGUGCGAUGUCGUUGGAGAGUCUACGAAGCCAGUUCAGUCGUUGCUUGAACUUCCGGCAGGUGAUUGUCAUCACGUCGCUAUGGUAUUCUGUCGUUACCGCCACCACUAAAGUAUGCGCAGACAACACUAUCCUGAGCAACAACGGCAUGAAUAUAGAUACAAAGGCGUUGCUGUCUCCCUACCUCAUCCUUCCAACAUCGGGAUUGAUGGACUGCGGAGAUCGCUGCAACAGAAGAAAUGCGUGCAGCAGUAUCAACUUCAACACCAAUACCGGAGAUUGUGAGUUGUUGCUUGUAUCAACGAAUCCACCUCUCGCAGAAAUUGGAUGGAUACAUGCCACUGCCGACAUGUUUCCGGGGAGACUAUCUGGUAACUGUGCUGGCCACACUUGCGGCAUCCAGGAGUACUGUGAACCUACAGCUUCGUCAUACAACUGCAUCAGUGAGGCAGUUCUUUCAGCAACUGCCUCCUCGACUACUACCACUACUCCAACUACCGCAAGUACAACAACAACGACAACUACAACAACAACUACAACGACAACUACAACGACGACUCCAGCCCCUGUAAAAAAAUCGAGUGAUGAAGAAGAUGACAAAUAAUAUUAUGUGCGACAGUCAGUGAUCAUUUGAGAGAUAAACAGUGAUCUUGUGGAAAAAAACAGUGAUCUCAUGAGAGAUAAACAGUGAUCUUGUGAGAGAUAAACAGAUAUCUAAUUAGAGAUAAACAGAGCUCUUAUGAGAGAAAGAUAUUGAUCUUAACACAGAUCUGGGGAUGGGAGAUUUGAAUUCUGACAGUAACGUUUGUUUGUGAAAUGUUUAAGAUAAUCAUGUUUUCAUUCGCUAAAAGUGUGAACAUGUAAUUUUGGCUUCAAAGUCGGAUUAACUAAUAAUGCAGCGUGUCAGAUUCGUGUAGGAUAAACCGAAGUGAACCAGAUUAAUAGUAUUUAAUCAUGUUGUAAUACAUCGUGUGCUAAAAUACUAAAAAAUUAGUCCGAAAGCACAUGCAAAUUCCAUGAACUUUUAUAUGCGUCUUGUGGCACGGUAAACGUUACGUCACAACCCGUGAAAGAUUCGCACCAACUCAUUUUCUUAUAUCUCCUAAUACAAAUGUAGUUACUGUACCAUUCGGGAUUGAUAAAGGACUACUUGCGAGGUUUGUUAUUGUCUGACAGGUGUCGAUCACGUGACCUGCACCCUUGCCUUUGACCAUGGCGCUCUGGAUUAGGGAUAAAACAAAGACUGGUUAGCCCGAAUUCAGAAUAUGAAGGAUGGUAUCAGUCUUAAACUGCGACAUGAUAUCUCAGUUGGCUAGCACCGGUUUAAGUCCGGACAAUUACAAAUAGACACACACACACACACACACACACACACACACACACACACACACACACACACACACACACACACACACACACACACACACACACACACAUACAAACAACGACUCAAUGUGACGUUCAUACGUUCGUUUUUCACGAGAACGUGUUCUUGAAAUGACGUAAACACUAACGGACUACUUCCACAUUUCUGGGAAAACCCUGGGAAAUCCGAAGCUCGAAUAAGCACGGAAGCGUUCCAUCUGAUCAUUUAGACCCUUUCAUUUUGAACGUUUGAGUAUACAUUGAGAAACUUCAGGGAGUUAACUGCUCGAUCGAUACUUGAUGUAAAUGUAUUACGACGCGCUGUCAUUGUGACUGACUUUCUGAAGUAGUUCUUUACAGACCUUUCUCAUCUAAUGGUGAUGCUAUUUGAAUAUAUGUGUUGCUUAAGAUGUUUCUGAAGUGCAAGUUGUGCAUACAUACGCUCAUGUCACCUAUCUUUUUAAGGAACUACUUUAC